UGUUUGGACGCUGGCAAUUGGUGAGUUAGCUUUUAUUCUUAGGUUGAAAAUGAUCCCCCUUUUUUUUUUUCAACAGUAAAAUCACCUGUUUAUUACAAAGUAAAUAGAAUUUUAACAUAUUGUGACGAAGUGAAUUUUCGAUCUUGUCAUUUAACUGCCGAAAAUUCUGAAUCGUCACGCCAUCCGUCGGAAAAAGCCCCGAAUCAACAGGCCCAGUUAUCAUGGUAAUUAGAGAAAGCCAGUACCGCCGGCUGACCUACUAGAAGUAACGAAAGUGGGUCGCGCGGCUGGCUACCGGAGAAAGUGAUAGAUGGCGGGGCCAGUACUAUUUUCGGAGAACGAGAAGAAGAGGAUGAACCAUGUGCGGAGAAAUGCCGAGACAACAGGUGCCUAAUACUUUCGCCGCCAUAAUGAUUUUGAUUUCCGCCGUGCAAUACUGUCGAAGUUUUCACCGAGUGAAUAAAAUCGUUUUCCUGUAGUGAAAUAACAAUUGAGUGUGUCGAACUUAGUGUAGAGUAGAGUAGUAUACUUCGAGUAAAAGGAGUAAUAAAAUUCAUAAGUGUGAGACUUGUAAAUUGAGAGUGAAAUAAUAGUUUUUCUUUUGUGUCAACCUCCCUUUUUUUUCCUUGGAUUAAGCCGAACAUCUUUCGAGAAAACAACGCCGAAAAGCCGAGAGAAAGGAGGGAAACCAGGAAGCCGAAAAGGGAGUCAUCACCGUGGAUCGAAAGGAGAGCCGAAAGUGGAAAGGUCGUGCUGAAAGAGAGAAAGAGAGGAGAGUCAUGCCAUAUAUGCCGCAAGGAAGCCGUCGUUCCAGAGAAAGAGGUGGUCGAAAAUUGGAGGAACUGGGAAAGGAAAGCGCCAGGAUGGAGAGACGAGGACGUCCUCAAUCCAGACACCGCCCUUUCCCCGAAUUUGCCAUCGAAGGACAUCAAUUGGAAAGACCCUCAUACUUGUCGUUCCCAAUUACUGAGGAGGUAAAUCAAGAACCACUAAGGGCACAACAAAUCGUGGAAGAGGGUGAGCCGAGAGAGGAAAUUAGACCGAGGAGAGCCGAAGCAGAAAGCGAAGAAGGAGCAGUAGGAGGCCUACUCGAACCAAUAACCAUGUCGAGUGACUGGGCCGACUUGAGUGCCCUAGAAAAAGCCACUGAGAAACCAAUAAAAGGGUGUAGACCAGAUGGCGCAGAGAUAGUGGUGCCUUAUCGCUGGCCAGCCGAUAGACGACCAGGUGAAAGCAACGAGGAGUAUGAGAGCCGGUUGGCUGAGUUUGAAUUAGACCGUUUCCUACGUCUCUAA